AUGCAACGCGCCCUCCUUCGGAUCCGGCUUCAUAACCACCAACGCCUCUUGUCCAAGUUAAGCAGAAGAACCAUGACGCAGAUGACUGCAGUCUCUCACGCUCGCGUGCCCAACACGUGCGAGUGGAUUGCUCACACCAAGAGAGGAGAUUAUCUCGUCCAGGUCGCUUGGCCUUUGUGUUGGGGAGAGGAUCGGGUCGCGCCGGAAAAUGAAGUUGUCAACACUCUCUACCUCGUAGACGGAAAUGCCUACUUCUUCACAGCAGUCGACGUCACCCGCCGCCUGGAAUUCACAAACAGCACACGCACCGUAGUUGUAGGCGUCGGCUAUCCCCCCGGCAAAUACGUCUACGACUUCCGUCGGGGACCUGAUCUCACUCCUCCCAGCUCGGACGGCACAUAUGACCUGCCUCUUGACUCGAAUGGAAACCCUCGCACCGACAUCGAGUUUGGCGAGGCCCAUGAUUUCCUCGACUUUAUCCAGCACGAGGUCAUGACCCACGUCCACGACAAGCUCUUCCCCAAGGCGUCGCUGCACACUGGAAAGAAGGCCCUGUUUGGACAUUCAUACGGCGGCAUCUUUACUCUCAACACCAUGUUUACCAGGCCUAAUCUGUUUCACACAUACAUUGCCGCGAGCCCCAUCAUCUGGUGGAACAACCACUUCCUCGUCAAGGAGCAAGAAGCAGCAUUUAUCGCCCGCGACAAGCCCGUUGAGCCACCACUGUCGCUGAUUGUCACCUGGGGCACGGGCAAGCAGGAUCUGGUCAAGAAGCCCGGCGAGUCGGAGCAGGAUUUCAAGAAGAGACAGGACUGCUCCGAGGAUGAGCAGAUGAGGGACUGUGCCAAGGAGUUGGCGGAGCGUCUGGAAAAGUCACCGAGUGUGUCAAGUAUCUGGACGCGCGAGUUUGAGGGAGAGGAUCAUGGGAGUGUUGCUGUUACAGGUCUUCAGCAUGGUAUCAUGCAGUUUAUUCUGGGGAAGGCCUGA